CGCAUUCUUUUCAUCUUUUAACUUUUGACCUUUUCGACUUCUUGGAUCUCAUUAGACCUUAUUACAUUAUCAUUAUCUCAAUUUCCCUCACUCGCUUUGUUUUUUUGUUCAACAAUUUCUGAAGGCAAGUCACGGGGUUAUCGCUGCAACCGGUUACAGGCUGAGGUAGUUAUCUUACUUUGCGCCCAUCACCAUGGCUGCAAUUUACGCGGUAUAUACCCAUCCUACUGACCCACCGAUCCCUAACCAUCUCCCCACGCUAAUUGUGACUCCUCACGGUCAACCGGAGAACAUCCUAUACUCUUAUCUGCAUACCAACUUUAACUCAGAGAACUAUCUUUUAACACCUUCUCCUAAGGGCGAUUUAUGUGUUGCUAAAAUAUUUCCCCCUCCACCCAAAGAAAUUGCGAAACGAUCUGCUUCAGAACCAGGACAUUCAUCGCCCGCUGGAUCUCGUGUCGCUCGUUGUGAAGCUUCUCGCAAUCUGAAAUGGACUAUAGCAAACACUGGUGUUAUAUCUCCCAUUUACAAACUAUCUCUUCCUUCUCCAGACUCUCCAGAUCUUCCGCUUUUUCAAAUUUCCAAGCCUAAUCCAAAUGCCGCCUUCUGGAGUAUGUUCUACUUUGCAUAUGCUGGUCAUAACAUUCCUCCUAAGCGUAUCGAGUUUGGCAAAAUUCAGAAGAAUCCCCACGGCGGUGGUACUCGAAUAAGCAUUACCGGAAAGACACCUGAGGAAAAGGCAGUGUGGCAAACUCUUGGCGAAGGUAACGAAGACUGCGUCGAAUGGGUUGUGCUGUGCGCUGCCUUGAACCUGCUUGAUCACAGCGACGAAAUCAUGAAAGCUGCCGAGAAGUCACCUGGUGGCAUGGGCGGUCCUGCACCUGUCUCUCUUCAAGAUUCAGGACCGGUCUCUAAUAUGCCGCCGCGCUCAGGACCAUCGCCCAUGCCUGCUGCUAAUGGUCCUAUGCCACCUCGUGGAACACCUAUUCCCGGUCAAGAUCCAGGUGCCCAGCGUCCGAUGAUGAUGCCGCACAGCAAUUCUCUCCCACCAGGAGGUCGUCCGGGUCCACCUGUGGGACAAGGUUAUCCUCAGAACCAGCCCCCUCCCCGCGGUCCUUAUCCGCCUAAUCAAGGCCCUCCUGGUUCAGGUACGCCAGGAUUUGGACCGCCUGGCCCUAUGCCACCUCAAGGAUAUGGUCCCGGCUCCGGUCCCCAGAUUCAAAUGCGUGGUGGAAUGCCGCCUCCAGGUCCUGGAUACAGAGGGCCACCACCUCCUCAAGGUGGGCCUAUGCCUAUGCAAGGACAUCCCCCGCCUCCGCAACAGAUUCCUCCCCAGCAGGGAGCAUCACGACGGUUCUGA